UGCUGUUUUAUUUACAUUUGUUCUAGAUUAGAGAUUAGAACAAUGAUAUUUAACAAUGAUUGAAGAAACAACAAAGUCUGAAUCCAGAGAGUUUUCAUACAAUAUCAUUGUUAUACUGUCCAAAAUUAGCUGAAAAUGCAAGACGAUCUACAGCUGAUUGCUGUAUAUAUUGUGUAUUGUGUCCUGAUCAGUUGACACGAUGUGCUAGGUAGCAAGCAUAUUUCAGGAAGUGAAGAAGUUGAAUAUGCUGAAAAAGAAACAGAAAAUGAAAACUAAAAAGUUAAAAACACCACAAGUGUUGACAGCUGCUGUCGAGGAGGAAGAUCCAGUUGAUAGCGACAUGGAAGACAUAGAAUCUGCAGAGGACAUCCCUCAGGUUCAGCAAAAACUGCAAAAGAAAAAGAAGAAAAUGAAAGUUAUAAAUGGAAUGGACCACUCAAAAGCUGUAUCAUCAGCAGACAGCAGAACAACAUCCACAGCAAUGACAGAUGAAACAACAAAGACAAAGAAGAAAAAGAAACGGAAAUUAGAAGAAACAGGCGAAAUUCCUGCUAAGAAAAGUAAACAGGAUUUGAAAGAACAUGAAAGUGAAGAAAAUAAAGACGCUUCAAGUGAUGACGAUGAUGCUGAAAAUAUAGAAGACGAUUGUGAGGAUAUUGUAGAUGAUUCAGAUGAGAAUGAUGGUGAUGAGGAACCUGAAGAAGUCAGCAAUGAUAUUGAAUCCAAAUUGCCUGGAUCAGGUUUAGGAGCUGGUAUCCUGUCAGAUUCAUCAUUCAAAUCUCUCGAGGGCAAAGUGUCUGAGCAGACCAUGAAAGGAAUAGAAGAUAUGGGUUUUACUCAUAUGACAGAAAUACAGGCUCAGUCCAUACCCCACCUCCUGGAGGGCAGAGAUCUGAUGGGAGCAGCAAAGACUGGCAGUGGCAAAACGUUAGCAUUUCUUAUCCCAGCCGUGGAACUUCUCAACAAGCUUCGCUUCCAACCCAGAAAUGGUACAGGGUGUAUAAUUAUCUCCCCUACACGUGAGCUGUGUAUGCAGAGCUUUGGUGUGGUGAAAGAACUGCUGAAGCACCACUUCCAUACAUAUGGCCUCAUCAUGGGAGGGACCAAUAGGGCAGAGGAAGCUAAGAAGCUGUCACGGGGUGUGAACAUGGUUGUAGCCACACCUGGACGACUCCUUGAUCACUUACAGAACACACCAAACUUCAUGUACAAGAACCUACAGUGUCUCAUAAUUGAUGAAGCGGACAGAAUUUUAGAUAUUGGUUUUGAAGAAGAAAUGAAACAGAUCAUCAAACUUUUACCAAAGAAAAGACAGACCAUGCUGUUCUCAGCGACUCAAACACGGAAGAUUGAAGACCUGGCAAAAGUCUCCCUGAAGAAGGAACCAUUGUAUGUGGGUGUAGAUGAUAGUAAAGAGAAGGCUACAGUGGAAGGGCUGGAGCAGGGAUAUGUAGUGUGCCCAUCAGACAAAAGGUUUUUACUGCUGUUUACCUUUCUGAAAAAAAACCGAAAGAAGAAAAUCAUGGUGUUUUUUAGCUCCUGUAUGUCCGUCAAAUUUCAUCACGAACUUCUCAACUAUAUAGACCUACCUGUGAUGUGUAUUCAUGGUAAACAGAAACAACAGAAGCGGACACAGACCUUCUUCCAGUUCUGUAACGCCACGGAGGCCAUCUUGUUAUGUACUGAUGUGGCUGCCCGAGGACUAGACAUUCCUCGUGUGGACUGGAUUGUCCAGUUUGAUCCUCCAGAUGAUCCAAAGGAAUACAUCCACAGGGUUGGACGGACAGCUCGUGGGGAUGGGGGGAUCGGCCAUGCCCUUCUCAUCCUGCGACCAGAAGAACUUGGCUUCCUGCGCUAUCUCAAACAUGCCAAGGUACCACUGAAUGAGUUUGAGUUUGCCUGGAGCAAAAUCUCCAACAUACAGCCACAGUUGGAGAAGCUGAUUGAGAAAAACUACUUCCUUAACAAGUCAGCAAAGGAGGCCUACAAAGCCUAUGUGAGGGCCUUUGCCUCUCACAGUUUGAAGAACAUCUACGAUGUCAACGGUCUUGACUUGCUCAAGACAGCGUUAUCCUUCGGCUUCAAGGUGCCACCUUUUGUGGACUUGGAAGUCUAUGGCAGCAAGAGUAGAAAGGUCCAGAAGCGAGGAGGAGGAGGAGGAGGAGCAGGAGCGGGAGGCUUUGGCUACCAAAAACCACAGAAACACAACAGCAAAAAAUUUGUGUACAAACAAUUCAAGAAGAAAUAGUGGAAAUUAAAAUGAUUUAACUUUGAUAUAACUUUGGAUUCUGGGGAAAGCUACAAAACACCGAGGAACUUUGGUACAGUAGAAAGAUAUUUGUGUUCAACUUGUGGUCUACUGUACAAGUAAAUUCAUUUUCUGGGGAAACAUCUUGAAUGUGAUAAAUUUCAUUGGUAUAAUUACAGGAUAUGUGUAACCAAAUCCUAUCACCUACACACACGUCUGACAGCUGUAAAACCUGUAAAACACGUGUACAAAUCACCUACACACAAGUAUGACACCUGUAUAACCUGUUAAACACGUGUACAAAUCAACAAAACUGAUGUUAUAUUAACAUUUUUAUCUGAUCAUGUUUUAACUCUGUCCUUUUUGGUACAUAUAAGAGGCAAAUCUAUCAGAAUUUUACACACUGAAAGAGGGUUUUCAGCUUUCUUCUUGUAAUUAAUGCAGUAGUUUAAAUGUUUCUACUACAAAUAAUGACCAUUUUAUAAUUGGUGUACAUAUAUGAUUUAUUUAGCCAAUAAACCUGGGCUAUUUAUGAGAAACAUUUCCAGUUAUGGCCAUUGCUUCAGGGUAUUGUCCAGACAAACGUUCGGUAAGUGUAUUAACUUUACCAUACAGACACCACAUAGGUAUGGAAUAAUUGAAAUAUUUGAUAGAAUGAAAAGAAACAUUCAGACAUAGCAGACAAUUUGUUUUAUCAAUACUGCUUGGUAAGUAUUGAUAAGACUAUAUGGUGAAUAAUGUAAAACAAUGUAUAGAGCUGACAUUGAUACAAAGUAUACAAUGUAACAUAGUGUAUAGAGCUGACAUUGAUACAAAUUAUACAAUGUAAAACAAUGUAUAGAGCUGACAUUGAUACAAAGUAUACAAUGUAACAUCAUAGUAUAUAGAGCUGAUGUUGAUACAAAAUAUACAAUGUAAAACAAUGUAUAGAGCUGACAUUGAUACAAAGUAUGCAAUGUAACAGUACUAGUGUAUAGAGCUGACGUUGAUACAAAAUACACAAUGUAACACAGUGUAUAGAACUGACAUUGAUACAAAGUAUACAAUGUAAAACAAUGUAUAGAGCUGACAUUGAUACAAAGUAUACACUGUAGCACAGUGUAUAGAACUGACGUUGAUACAAAGUAUACAAUGUAAAACAAUGUAUAGAGCUGACAUUGAUACAAAGUAUACAAUGUAACAUAGUGUAUAGAGCUGACAUUGAUACAAAUUAUACAAUGUAAAACAAUGUAUAGAGCUGACAUUGAUACAAAGUAUACAAUGUAACAUCAUAGUAUAUAGAGCUGAUGUUGAUACAAAAUAUACAAUGUAAAACAAUGUAUAGAGCUGACAUUGAUACAAAGUAUGCAAUGUAACAGUACUAGUGUAUAGAGCUGACGUUGAUACAAAAUACACAAUGUAACACAGUGUAUAGAACUGACAUUGAUACAAAGUAUACAAUGUAAAACAAUGUAUAGAGCUGACAUUGAUACAAAGUAUACACUGUAGCACAGUGUAUAGAACUGACGUUGAUACAAAGUAUACAAUGUAAAACAAUGUAUAGAGCUGACAUUGAUACAAAGUAUACAAUGUAACACAGUGUGUAGAGCUGACAUUGAUACAAAUUAUACAAUGUAAAACAAUGUAUAGAGCUGACGUUGAUACAAAGUAUACAAUGUAGCACAGUGUAUAGAGCUGACGUUGAUACAAAGUAUACAAUGUAAAACAAUCUAUAGAGCUGACAUUGAUACAAAGUAUUCAAUGUAGCACAGUGUAUAGAGCUGACGUUGAUACAAAGUAUACAAUGUAACACUGUGUAUAUAACUGACAUUGAUACAAAGUACACAAUACCUGUUACAUUAAGCUUUCCCGUAGGAACUAUUGUUACAACAUUGUUCAUCAUUAUGUUAUUGUAUUACCCAUAAAGAUAUUACAUUGUAAACUCAGCUUCAUGGAAAAAUGUCUGGAUUAAAUCUGGUAAAGAAAUAUACAUUUAUUGGUUUAGUUGAUAGUUGAUGAUAGCAUUGGCUUUACACCAGAACUAGAGUCACGGAACAAAAUCAGAAAAUUAAGUGUGGCAGUAAAGACCUAUUCACAACGGAUAUAUACGAUUGUUUACAGUUUUAAGUAUACCAACAAAUACAAUAGUGUAUAAAUUCUAUUGAUGACUAAACAUUAUUGUAUGAUUUAUGUUCCCAUUUAAAUAAAAUCUAUCGUGGGAAAAUGU